GCGCGAUCGCAAGACGUAGGAAAUAGAGAUUUCACUAUCUAGGUUCCUCCAAUGAUGCUAUGGGAGUGAACGGUCUGACGACGUAUCUUCGAGAGAACCGUCCCGGGGUGUCAAGAACGAUCACUUCUCCCCUGAAGGGACCACUUAACAUCGUCGUAGACGGCUGGUCAUUUAUCUAUGAACUCUACAAUUCGUCCGGUCUCCGUUGGGUUUACGGAGGGGAAUACGAGGAGUUCGGAAAGCUCGUUCAGGAUGCAGCAGAGGCAUGGCUGAAGAUCGGGGUACAACUUUUCUUCGUAUUCGACGGUCCAUACCCAAGUCUAAAGUUCUCGACGCUGACUGGACGGGUGAACGAGAAUGUGAUCCAGCCGUCCUUACUUUUCUUCCGAACAUCUGCGGUUUCGCGAUCUACUCCUAGAUUUCUGCACGAAUCACGCAUGCUACCUCCGCUUUGCUAUGAUGCGUGUGUUCUGGCCCUGCAAGAGCUUUCGCGGUCGAACGAUGCUUUGCAAGUCCACUUCGCGGACGAAGAGGGGGAUCCCUACGCUGUUGAGUUAGCUGGGCGGAUCGGAGCCUACGUCCUCGGUAACGACUCUGACUUUGUCGUCCUCAAUUCUGAAGGGUACCUCGGGUACAUACCGAUGAGCGAGGUAGUAUGGAGCGCCACUUCGUCGGAACAGGAUGACACCCGUGACGAGGAUACCGGCGACUUCCAGGUCGUCGUGAAUAAGAAAGGGAAGAAAAAGGCCAGGGGUGAUGCGAAGAGCAGUGUCGGGCUCGUGCCACCCGAGGAGGCCACUGACCUAACCGUCUCGCUGCCCGUGUACAGCCCCGCAGCACUAGCGAACCACCUACAGAUCCCCGCCACCCUUCUACCACUAUUAGGCGCACUGGUCGGGAAUGACUACAAUAGAUCGUCGUCAACGGUUGUGAACAAAAGGGAUAUCCGCUCUUUGUUCUUCGACAGGCGCCUCACUGCAUCUGGGCGUAUCACCCACGUCGCCACCACCCUGCAAUCCAUCUUGUCCGCGGCAUCGUCGCACAAGCGAAAACAAAAGCACCAGGUGAACAGCGUCAUGGAUCUCAUUGGCAGGACCGUUUCGGCUCUCUUAUUAAGGGGCCCUGGUGCACUAUCUACCGGGGAACAAGAAGAAGUCGUAGAGAAGAUCGUGGAGACUACCCUGCAAUAUGCUAUCCCGAGGUACGAAGGUACUCGGCCUGGCAAGGAAGGUCUCUGGCCAAGUGAUGUGUGUGCAUUGCACGAACCCACCGCCUGCCCUACCUGGGAAAUGAUGAGCCGUUCUCUUCCUGGGUUACAGAUGGAUGGCUCAGAGGAUGAGGCAGUUAGGGUCACCGCCUUGUAUCUUAAUGCUUAUAGGGAAGGAGACCUGUCGCCUAGGGCGCUGGAUCCCGUCAGUACGGGCUCAUCUUGGCCCAGGAUAUUCCUCGAGAAUCCUGAUCUCGAGAACACGGCAAGAUCCAUCGGGAGGCCUAUACGUGAAUGGUGCUACGCGUUACUAGACCAGGGUGUCGGGCUGCCGAUGCGGUCAGGAAGUGAUCAGGAACAUGAUGAUGAGCGUGAAAAUGACGACGAGGACGAGUUAAUUGAUGUGGUAGAGGAGUACUCGGAUGAAGAAGACCCCUUAUCUCCGCUACAAGAUGCUCUUCGGAAACUCGAUCCGUCUGCGGACGGAUCGGCAGCCAGGUUGUCUGCUUCCUCGCAGAAGAAAGAAAGUCGCAGCCAACCCAAGGUUGUAACUGAAUAUGUUCGAAGGGGUACCCGGCUCGCAGCAGAGGAUGUCACUGUACCAUCUCUAUCCUCCCUUUUAGGGGGUAUGCCGGAUGCGAAGGCCACAGGGCCCGUGCAAUUGCUUCCAGAAGAGAUGCGCUUCACCCUAUUGUUGCAUGCCUUGUUGUCCGACACUCCGUUGGUACGAGACCUCGAGCGGGACUUUCUCGUUCCAGUGCUUUCCGUGCGCUGGGUAAUUCGCCGGAUGCACGCCCGAGCUGUCGAGAACGGGAACGGUCGAGACAGACUCAAAGAGAUGUGGACCAAGAGGGAGGCCGAGGCAUUCCUUGCCAAUUUCCGCUCAUCGCCGUCCUCCUCGGAUCAAAACGCAACCAAGUCAGGGGAUGCCGGCGAUCCUGCGAUAGAGGACAGGAGUAUUCAAUUGACCGCACAAAUUUCCGCUGCAAUGGAGGCGGUCAUGCUGCUGUCGCAGACAUUGCUCCUGGGCCGUCGGGUGCCGAGUCCCGUACGGCGUUUUUCGGGACGUAAGUUCCAUGCCUUGCUCCAGACGCAUGGAAGAAUGCCCACUGCGGACGUCUGGGAAGCAUGUGUGGAUGGUCUAGACGAAUGUUUUACAGAUGAAAAGGUGAAGAAACCAAACCGAAGUCGGAAGUCAAAGGACACAGGACGAUCCGGAGACGCUGGAUCCGUUCCGAGGCAAGCUGCUGCUGCUGUCUCGCCAUCUGCAAGAAGCAGCUUCUUCAACUUACUGGCAGACAUUGGCGCUGAAUGAAAACGUUGGAUGCGUUCAUCUGUACUGUUCGAGCUGGGCUCGGAAUGGAGACAUUUUUUGCUGCGAUGGGCCUCGAGCGGCGACUACACCUUGCUGAGGUUUGCAUGCAGCGCGAUGUUGACUGAUUAGGUAUGCUGAGCGGACACGCACCUAGCACGAUAGUUCGUGACCUUUCGGGAUAUAACAGCUCAUAGUGUUGUCAUGCGGCAGAGAUGAUUCUAUGAAAGGGG